AUGUCCGAACUACGCCAAAGAUCCGGUGUCCCCAAGGACGCACCCAAGUCCUCCACAAACCAAAACCGCAACGAUGAAGCCCAGCAUACUUCCGGUGGCAUCAGCAUCCUCGACAUCUUCCGCGUCGUGCUCACCCUAGCCGUUGUCUCCUGCGGCCUCUCAUACUACCUCACGGAGACCACAACAUGGGGUUAUAACCCCUGGUUCACGAACUGGCCGCAGCUCGUGGCCUAUGUUCCCGGACAGAAAGGCCCAGUGAACCUAACCCCAUCCGAACUCACUCUCUACGACGGCACAAACCCCGAAACCCCCAUCUACGUCGCCAUCAACGGCACAAUCUUCGAUGUCUCCGCGAACCCCCGCAUGUACGGCCCCGGCGGCGGGUACCACUUCUUCGCCGGGCGCGACGCAACCCGCGCCUUUGUGACGGGGUGUUUUGCCGAGGAUCUCACGGAUGAUCUUAGCGGUGUUGAGGAGAUGUUUAUCCCUAUCGACGAGCCGGAGGAGCUUGAGAAGCUGAGCAGCGGGGAGAGGAAGAAGCAGCGCGAGCAGGAUUUACGCAACGCGAGGAAGAAGGUUGACAAGGCGAUUGCGCAUUGGGUCGGGUUCUUUGGGAAGCAUAAGAAGUAUUUUGAGGUUGGAAAGGUCAUCAAGUCUGAGGAAGAUGCGGAUGAGAUGAAGGGAAAGAGGGAGCUUUGUGAGACGGCGAGGAAGCAGAGGCCCAAGAGGGAGAAGGCUAAGAGCGCUUGA